GCCUCCGAUGAAGAACAAGGACGUAGAGGAAAAGUAUCGUCCGUGAUAUAUGUGUACUUUCGCGACGAUUGAAGAAUUUAGAGCAAAUUUAUGGUCGUUUUCCUUCAGUAGACUUGUUCGGCUCGGGUCACCCAGAGUGCCCAACCUUGGGAAAGGAUAUAAGCAGUGAAAAGAAAAACCACCUUAAUGGCCAUAGUCUGUCCACAGAGGUUUCACCCCCUUGCGCUUUGGCUUUUUUGUAUCCCACGCGCUCAAGACAAAUGGAGGACUGAAAUGGUCAUAAAUUGGCCUAAAAACCUCACGGGAAUCAAGGAAGCACACACCUGAAGCAAGGUAGGUUUAUCUUUUUUCAUACUCCUUCACAACUUACAAAUAAGCCCUAAAAAUAUGUCCCUACGGCGUCCUGAAUGACAGCGCUGGCUCGCUGUCAAUCAAAGUGUCCCAAAAAAAUUCAUGUGAAUAGUUUGCAUAAUAUAUAUGCUUUCUCAGUCAACGCAAGGAAGUAGGCGAACCAACUGUUCUAAACUACCGGUGCUAUCAAGCAAGUAAGGGGAUAUGAAAUCGCAUACUAAAGUGACUUUCUUUCUGUUACUCGCUGUCACUCCAAAUGUUCUUGGUCUGAAUUGCCACAAAUGUUCAAGCACAAAAUCUUGGGAAGACUGCAGCACCGAUUUAUCACAGCUACCUUGCCCCCAGAGUGACGCAAUUUGCUACAAGACUCAUUACACGACCAAUGAUGGAAGUUUUCAAACGUUUGGAAAAUCCUGUGGACCUGAAAGUUUCUGCGAGAAAGAAUCUAAUCCCAUCUGUAAGGAUCAUCUUGGUCCUUCAGAAUGUAUCGUUAAUUGUUGUGACGAAGAUUUGUGCAACGGAAGCCCAAUUGCACGGGUCAGCGGCCUUGCGGUGAUGUCAUGUAUUCUCGUCAUGAUAUUGUAUCGGUAAAGACAUUACAUAGACCUUUAUUUCAUUCCAUGGGUUUGUGCAAUGUUAUUGAAAAUACAAUAUUCCAGUUGAAUAUGAAGGUAUUUUUAUUGAUUUGAAGACAUUUUCGCAUAGCACUUCCCAGCCCCCUUAGCUCUGACAGAGCCAUCUUUAAAUGCCGGCUUACUGCGGGGAAAUGCCUUUCAUUGAAGAAACAAAUGUUCUGCAAGUUCCUUUAGACAGCACAUCUACUUUCUAUGAUUAUAUUUGUCGAACGCGAUCAAUCACUACAAGCUUCAAGUGGUUAUAUAAAAUAGGAUCCAAA